UUCCCGCGGCCCGAACAACUUGGAGAGCGCGCGGGAGGGAGCGAGUGAGAGAACGACCUGGAGAGAGGGCGCUACUCUGUCUCUCUAAGCCUGGGCGCGUGUUCCGUUUAGCGGCUGACGCUCUUUCCACUCCGGAGGCGCAGACCAGGCGCCCGCUUUGGCAGAGUCGGGCUCUCGCCCAGGCGACUCCCCCGACCAAAAAGCCUUUGGGGAGCUGUUGCUUCGUGCCCUCUCCUCCCUCCCCGUGGCAAUCCCCCUUCAACAGGCGUCAUGGACCGCGGUCCCAAAGAAGGGGACUCGGCCGGAGCAGCAACUGGGGACGCUGGUCGGGCCGCCGCUUCUUCCUCCAGCGGAGUAGUGGUGCAAGUUCGAGAGAAGAAGGGGCCCCUGCGUGCGGCUAUUCCCUACAUGCCGUUCCCCGUGGCCGUUAUCUGUUUAUUCCUCAACACCUUUGUGCCGGGGCUAGGAACAUUUGUGUCAGCUUUCACAGUACUGUGCGGAGCCAGGACUGACCUCCCUGACAGACACAUUUGCUGCAUCUUCUGGUUGAACAUUGCUGCAGCUCUGAUUCAGAUCCUCACUGCCAUUGUAAUGGUUGGAUGGAUCAUGAGUAUAUUUUGGGGGAUGGACAUGGUCAUUCUUGCUAGUAAGUAGACGGAACGAAGGUGCAGAGCAGCAGAGAGUGACCUUCACUGAUCACUUUGUAGCAAACUCCACUGUGGAGGCACUGCCACAUGGAUUCUUAGACUGGCAUAACCAACACACAAUUGUGGCAGUCAAGCAUUCCAAAAGCAAGAGGUAGCCACUGGUCUAAAUGGAGAUAUCACUGAGGAAGAUGGUGGUUGAUUGGACAUAGAUGCAAGAGACCACUUGGUAGCUAGAGAUUUUCUCCAUCCAGAAACAUUUUACCUCCUUUUAUGCUUACUGAAGAAACAGCCAUGGUGUGAAUAUCAAAGAAGCCGUGGAAGUAUUUAUAGAUACAUGUACAGGAUGUAAAA